AUGUCGUCGUCUACAACCACGGACACGGAGCUCGCUCUUGACGCGCUCCAACUGAACGAGUCUCGCUUCCUCGAGUUGCUCGAAAAGCUCAUCGGGGAGUCACGUUUUGUCCAAAACACCGGAGUUGGUACCGCGUUCGUCCCGGAAGAAGACCGAGUGGUCGCUCACGUUUUGAAGUGUUUGGACCCUUUUAAAGUGGAGAACGGCGGGAAGCUGAUCGUGGAGAGGAAGACGUACGUUCCCGGACGAAGCAACGUUAUCAUUCGAUUACCUGGAAAAGGCUCAGAACAGCUGUCGUUUGUCGGGUCGCACUUGGACGUCGUGCCGGCGGAUCCGGAGAGUUGGAACGUGGAUCCGUUUAAACUGACCAUCGACGGAGAUAAGUUAUACGGGAGAGGGACGACGGAUUGUUUAGGGCACGUGGCGUUGAUGACGACGUUGUUUACGCAGUUGAGCGAAAUCGACGGGUUUGAGUUGAAUACGAGUUUGUCGUGCGUGUUCAUCGCCAGCGAGGAGGCCAACGGGCCCGGGAUUGGCGUGGAUGGGUUAGUGGAGAAUGGGGAAUUGGAUCAUUGUAAAAGCGGGCCGGUAGUUUGGGUGGAUUGUGCGGAUUCGCAGCCGUGCAUUGGUACCGCCGGGGCGAUUACUUGGGAUUUGAAGUGUCAAGGGCACAGGUUUCAUUCGGGUUUGCCGCAUAAAGGCAUCAACGCGAUCGAGUUGGCGAUGGAAGCAACGACAAAGUUGCAGCAGGAGUUUUACACAAAGUUCCCGCCUUGCGAUUUAGAGAAAGAGUAUAAGUUUAUCACGAGUUCGACGAUGAAACCGACGCAGAUUCGCUGCGCACCGGGCGGAUUGAAUCAGAUUCCUCCAGACGCGACGGUUUCCGGAGACAUUCGUUUGACUCCGUUUUACGACGUGGAGGAGGUGAAAUCGUUUUUGGAACAAACGGUGGAGGAGAUGAAUAAAAAAGUUGGCGAGUUACCCACGAGAGGUCCGUGGUCUAAGUUCAUCAUCGACGAUCCGAAAAAUCCAAGUGGCGGCGAGAAAAUAGUCGGUAAGUUGUCCAUCGAAUGGGGCGAACAUUUAUUGACUGGCAUCGCGUGCGAUUUAACGUCUCCGGCGUUUACGAAGAUGUGCGAUUCGAUUCAAGAGGUGAAAGGAAAAGCAGAGCCGUAUUCAUUGACGGGGAGUCUACCGCUGGUACACGAUUUGAAAUCCGCCGGGUUUGAUAUUCAACUGAUUGGUUUUGGUUUGAUGAGCACGUAUCACGCCGACGACGAACAUUGCCUUUUGUCCGAUAUGAAAGACGCGGCUUCUAUUUUGGCAAAGUUAAUCAAGAAGUUUCAUUGA